GUUUCGUGUGUCGAUAUGGUGGUAACAUUCGCCCUCGCCGCCGUAAUGACAGUUGGAGUUCUGGGGCGCGCAGUACCCGAGGAGGAGAUGUGGUUUAAUAUGUUCAUCACGACUGACUUUUGCUACGAAAGUAGCCUUGCAGCGAAAACACAAAUGCUGGCUUCCAAGUCAACAUUCAAGGAAUGUCUGACAAACGUGUAUUCUGAUGAGAAUUUCCGAAAUGAGAUUAGACUAACGAAGCUCAAUGAUAACCAGGCCAAAAUGGUUAAAGCGUUCUGCGACAGAUCAGCACAGGUGAAGGCCUGCGUCCGACCGCUUGUUAAAGGAAUGACGCCGUGUUUCACGGUCAGUGGGUUGCGCACUAUACAAAACGAGUUUGAUAAAAUAAUCGACUUCUUCUGCCUCAACGAUGGUGCGAACACAAACUCGUUCAUUAAGGAAGGUGGUCCAGAGUGUCUGGGACAGAAACGGUUAGAAUUCGCAUCCUGCAAAAAUAACAAGACAUCCGAAAUCACUCGGCUCAUUGGUGUAUAUGGAAGUGGGCCGGCAGUUCCUGAAAAGGAGAGAUGCAAACUAGACAAACAAGAAACCGAAUGUGAUUUUGCUGCAGUGAAAGGCUGCGCGAAACCUAAUCUCGAAAAACUUUUGCAACAGCUAAUUAAUUCUAUCGAUUUGAACUGCGAAGAACGAGUUCUGGGGCGCACAGUUCCCGAGGAGGAGACGUGGAUUAAUGCGCUCAUCACGACUGACUUUUGUGAAAGUGGCAAGUUUCAACAAGUGCAGGCUUCCAUGUCAACAUUCAAGCAAUGUCUGAAUAACGUGUAUUCUGACGAGAAUUUCAGGAAUGAGAUUAGAGUGGCGAAAGUUGACGAUAACCAGGCCAAAAUGGUUAAGGCGUUCUGCGGUAAAUCGACACAGGUGAAGGCUUGCAUCCGACCACUAGUUACAAGCAUGACGCCGUGUUUUACGGCCAGUGGGUUACGCACUACACAAAAUCUUUUUGAUAAAUUACUCGACUUCUUCUGCCUUAACGAUGGAGCGAACACAAAUACGUUCAUUAAUGAAGGUGGUUCAGAAUGUCUGGAACAGAAGCGAUCAGAUUUCACAACCUGCAAAAAUAACAAGACACCCGAGAUCACUCGGCUCAUUGGUGUGUAUGGAAGUGGGCCGGCAAUUCCUGAAAAGGAGAGAUGCAAACUAGACAAACAAGAAAACGAAUGUCAGUUUGCCGCAGUGAAAAGCUGCGGGAAACCCAAUCUCGAAAAACUUGUGCAACAGCUACUUAAUUCUAUCGAUUUGAAAUGCGAGGAAUAAAUGAACAUAUACUAAACUCCGAAACCGGCUUGGACCAGGAGAAUCAACGUUAAAAUUUCACUUUGAAUGAAAAUUUCCUUUAAAAGUGGCCAAUUUUCACUGUUCUUAAGUAUAGGUUAAUAGUUCUAGUUAAAAAUAAACUUGCCUACAAAACUUUGUUAAAAAAUUCGCUGAUGAUAUUGUUUCGUACUAAAUAGUAACAGAUUACUAACAGAUUACUUCGUGUAUUCCUUUUUUUUGGGUUUUUAUGUAUAUCAUAUGUACUUUUAUCACUGGAUUACAUAAACAUGGCAUA